AUGGACUCAGGUGAUGAUGCCUCAUGUGAAGCUAUAUUGGGAAAGCUUGUCGGAUUGGAGAAAGAAAUAGUAGAUGCUGUGGUGGUCAUCUUGAAAAGUUGCAGUGUAUUUCAAUUUUCGCUCACCUCACCUGUGCUGAAACUCGUGUGUCAAUAUUUUGCAGCUGUUGGUGUCAGUACGGCGAUAGAACGCUUUCAUGAGUUCCAUGAUUUGAUUCUAAGUAACAUUGACAAUGAAUUCGCAAGCAAUUUCGCUUUUCUCAUGGAAAAACUUAUUACUUGUGUUCAUGUCUUACGGCACGAUAAGCUGCGUCAGGAGAUAUGCAACCACUUACCAGACACCAUCACACUGUUGUGGAAGAACAAGAAGCGCGUCGAAGCGUGUAGGAUCGCAAAGUGUUUUGUACAUCUAUUGAUAGUGUCUAAAUGGUAUCGUGACGAAGAUCUGUCUAAGUUAUGGCUCGAGAAGACUUACUCAACGGAAAUGAAGAAGUGCCCAUAUAUGUCGGCUUUGACAGUACUACUGGAUCCUCAGGGUGCUGAGGGCAUAAAGUUUGAGUUAUCAUCUUUAAUGGAGCUACCAUCGAGCGAAAUCAAAGAGCUGUGUUUACGUUCACAGGCGGUCGAUCUCUUUUUAACAUACCUCCCAUCAUAUUAUACUUGCUGCAGCCACAAACUACUGCGGGUGCUCAUUGAAUUCAUUAUUCUGCAUUAUAUCAGAGCGGAUAAUCUGUCAUCUCUGGUCAAAGACAUUAUUUAUGCAACAGAUAGCAUAGCAGACGUCGACAUACUUUGGGGUAUUAUUUUUAAAUUAUUGUGUCGACAUAUGUCAAAGGUAUUAGCCGCAGAAGACACCGACAAAAGCCCUAUCAUUGGUGCUUUGGCAAGUGCUCUUCAAAGCUUCUCCGUGGAAGAGGACAGUGGAAGCUCGUUCGAAACACUACCGGCUCCCGUGCGUUCGUUCUUUGAGCAGGAACGUGAACAGAAGACUCGGAAAUUUGAGCUUUGUCAUGACUCCAGAUCUAUUGCUGGUGUGUUGUGCGACAUUCCCCUCCAGACUCUACCCCCUGCUUUGUCGAAGCAACUCGCGGCACGGUACCCUCCGGAACUUUGCAAAGACCUAAUCAAGUUUCUUUGCAAUGUUCUUGAAGCUGAUUCCACCACAGCAACUCAUAGUGAGAAGACAACUUUCGAUCUUAUUUGCGACUACAAGAUGGGAAGAGGUGUCGCACUGUGCUGA